UUAUAAAUACAUAUUCUAGGGUUAGGGCUCGAUGGGCAUAUGCAUUAGAAAGCAGCGCUGGAACAGAGGGAAGUGACCAGAUGAGGAAACGUCAAGUUGUGGUGAGGAGAGAGGAGCCUGCUCGGUGCUCAAGCUCUUCGUCUUUUACUGUUAGGAGUGUGAGAUAUGCAGAGUGCCAAAAGAAUCAUGCGGCUAACGUUGGAGGAUACGCCGUGGACGGUUGCCGCGAGUUCAUGGCCAGUGGAGAUGAAGGUACAACCGCUGCUCUGACCUGUGCUGCUUGUGGUUGCCACAGGAACUUUCACAAAAGAGAGGUAGAGACUGAAGUAGUUUGUGAGUGCUCUUCACCUCCCUCCAACGGGACUUGAGCACUCUCUCAAUUUAUAUAUCAAUUAUUAGUUAUGGUAUUUCGUCUAGCAUAUCUUUCCUGCUUUGGUUUGCUUUUGAUUGUUUGGAUUUGGGGUUUUAAUUAUAACAUAGAGCAUGAUAUUCCGGUCUUGCAUACAUAUGGUUUGGAGUGG